UAAUUACAAAUAAAUUACUAUGAUUAGCCUUCUAAAAUGCCCUCCCAGUUUGAGUUCACCUGCGACGGAAAGUUUCUACUCUUCAUCUUCGGAUUUCCGGCGAUGGUCGUCUUCCUCGAGUGUUGAGUCUCCUAAAGCCGUCGCGUCAUCCUCCUCGCCAGGAAAAGAUAUGAUCUUUUUCAAGCUUUGGGUUGUAACUUUUGUCUCUCUUCUAUCGUUUAAGGUGUUUGAAGCUUCAGCAUUGGGGAUGGAUCUUAUUCCUUUUUGAGAAGAUGUUAUGGAAUAUACGGAAAUUGGGUUUUUGUUAGUGGAGAAGCAACGAGCUUAAAGUGUUCGACAGAAUGCCUCAAAAAUAUGUUUGUUUAUGAGAGGAAAGCUCGGAGAUGCUAAGAAUAGAAAUAAAUGGGUCUUGCUUGUUUCUCUAAAUUUGAAGGCUUUCAUUGGUUUGAGGAGAUGAACGGUUUCUUCUUUGAACGACAUAAUUAGAUAAGAUGAAUUGACAAGAAAAGAUGAAAUGUCGGAGAGAUUUUUUUUGCUCCCUUAACUCUUUUGGCCAUUGGUUUUUCGCUCUCUCUGAUUCUUUGUUAGGUUUCCAUGAUUGUUCAGAUCAGCAUUCACUCCGAAAAUGAUGCAUUCUGACAGACAAAAUAAACAUUCUUUUUUCUUAUGAUUCUAUGACAUAGAGACAGGAAGUCACAGCGUAAAGAACAUUGCAGAUUCUUCAUGCUGCUUUUGAUUUAAUGGUUUUAGGUUUACAGUUUGUUUUUUCCUUCCGCACAGAGUUCAUGAUUUUCUCUUGUGUAUGUGUACAUUGAUAGGAUCGUUGUUUCGACAAGAACAAAUAUGUUUUCUGAGUGCAUGUUCUAGGAUAUACAUAUAGGUAUCUUAGAAAAAAAGUUUUAUUAGUUUAAGAAGAUGAGCAAGGAACAAAGCUGUGUUCUUAAGGCUUGGGAGGUGACCGUAAGAAAGACCCAACAAGCAAAGAAGCGUGCAAACAGCAUUUUUGGGACGGUAUCUGUAUCUCCACAAACAGACGAUGAUACUACUACGACGACUGAGGAGAUUGACGAUGAGACCAGCACUAACAGAAGCAGCAUAGGGGAAUUGUACCAUGCAGAGAGAAUACUUCCUAAUGGGGACUAUUACACUGGGCAAUGGUAUGAUAGUUUUCCUCACGGGCACGGCAAGUAUCUUUGGACAGAUGGUUGCAUGUACAUUGGUGACUGGUACAACGGGAAGACUAUGGGAAGAGGGAAGUUCGGGUGGCCUUCUGGUGCCACUUAUGAAGGCGAAUUUAAAAGUGGAUACAUGGAUGGUGUUGGCCUUUACACAGGUCCUAGUGGAGAUACUUAUAAAGGUCAGUGGGUGAUGAACCUGAAACAUGGGCAUGGAAUCAAGCGUUUCGCGAAUGGAGAUGUGUAUGAUGGUGAAUGGAGGAGGGGUUUGCAAGAAGCCCAAGGAAAGUAUCAGUGGAGAGAUGGGAGCUAUUACAUGGGGGAAUGGAAGAACGGUAUGAUCUGUGGCAAAGGUACUUUUAUUUGGACGGAUGGGAAUAGAUACGACGGAUUUUGGGAUGACGGUUUCCCUAAAGGAAAUGGGACUUUCAAAUGGGCUGAUGGGAGUUUCUACGUUGGUCAUUGGUCUAAUGAUCCGGAAGAAAUGAACGGUACUUAUUAUCCAUCGGGAGACGAAGGGAAUCCUGAAUGGGAUCCUAAAGACGUGUUUGGUAAUCUGAGUGAGUACAAGAUCUGCAGCGGAGAGAGAGUUCCUGUGUUGCCUUCACAGAAAAAGCUAUCUGUUUGGAACUCUUCCAAACGUGUCGAGAAACCGAGGAGGAUGUCUGUUGACGGGAGGGUAAGUGUGGGUGUAGAUAGAGCGUUUGAGAAGAUGAAUAUGUGGGGAACCGAAAGCGGAGAAGGCGCUGCUGAUAUUGAUUCGACCACGAGGAGGGACUUAGAUGCUGAAAUGAUGAGACUAGAGGCCGAAGGCUUCAUUCAGAGCCUGAGACCGAGCCCUGCACCUAUGAGAUUGCCAAGGGCAGGGAGGAAGCAAGGGGAGACAAUAUCUAAAGGCCACCGGAAUUACGAGCUUAUGCUUAAUCUACAGCUUGGAAUCAGACAUGCUGUUGGAAAACAAGCUCCGGUUGUGUCUCUUGAUCUUAAGCAUUCGGCUUUUGAUCCAAAGGAGAAGGUAUGGACAAGAUUUCCACCAGAAGGAACAAAAUACACACCUCCUCAUCAAUCUAGUGAAUUCAAAUGGAAAGACUAUUGCCCAUUAGUUUUUAGGAGCUUGAGGAAGCUAUUCAAGGUAGACCCAGCUGAUUACAUGUUAUCGAUCUGCGGGAAUGAUGCACUUCGGGAGCUAUCAUCCCCUGGUAAAAGUGGAAGCUUUUUCUACUUGACAAAUGAUGAUCGUUACAUGAUAAAGACAAUGAAGAAGUCUGAAACUAAAGUGCUUCUGAGGAUGCUUGCAGCAUAUUACAACCAUGUUCGAGCAUUUGAAAACACUUUGGUCAUUAGAUUCUACGGUCUCCACUGUGUGAAGUUGACUGGACCAAUCCAAAAGAAGGUGCGGUUUGUCAUUAUGGGAAAUCUAUUUUGUUCCGAGUACUCCAUUCAUAGACGCUUUGAUUUGAAAGGAUCUUCUCUUGGCCGUACAACUGAUAAACCUGAAUCAGAAAUCAAUUCAAAUACAAUCUUGAAAGAUCUUGAUCUGAAUUUCAUUUUUAGACUACAGAAAGCUUGGUACCAAGAAUUCAUCAGGCAAGUCGACAAAGACUGCGAGUUUCUGGAACAGGAGAGAAUAAUGGAUUACAGUCUUCUGGUUGGGAUUCAUUUCAGAGAAGCAUCAGUCGCUGGAGAGCUGAUUCCUUCUGGAGCUCGCACGCCUAUUGGUGAAUUUGAAGAUGAAUCAGCCCCUCGUCUCUCUAGAGCAGACGUGGAUCAGCUUCUCUCUGAUCCUACAAGGUGGGCUAGUAUUAGACUUGGAGGCAACAUGCCGGCUCGAGCAGAGAGGACAAUGAGGAGAAGCGACUGUGAGUUCCAGCUAGUUGGCGAACCGACAGGAGAGUACUACGAGGUUGUCAUGAUCUUUGGAAUCAUAGACAUUCUUCAAGACUAUGACAUCAGCAAGAAACUAGAACACGCUUACAAGAGCAUCCAGUACGAUCCUACUUCAAUCUCAGCCGUCGAUCCGAGGCUGUACUCGAGACGUUUCCGUGAUUUCAUCUUCAAGGUCUUCACUGAGGAUAAUUGAAACAAGCCUCCUCUGUUUCUGACCUUCACAGAUUUUCUUGUGGCUCAAGAAAAAAGGGCUUAGGUAUAUAUAUAUACACAACUACUUUUUUCUUUUAAGUUCUAAAUGUUCUGAUUUUCUAAUAAACUAUGUAACAACAGUUGACAUCUGUAGCAGUGAAUGUUUUUUUUCUGUU